AGCGAGACAAAAAAAUUUCACGACAAGAGAGACCACGAGUUCGCAGAUAAUAAGCAAACGAUUGCCGAAAAUGGGCUCCAAUUUGAAGACAAGAUUACGCUUGAAAUCAAAGCGACUGAUUUGGAGGAAAGAGUGAAAGAGUUGCUGACAAUCAGGUCUUCGGUUCGCAACGAAUUGAGACAAUUGGAGUCCAGAAGACGGGAUCUCUUGCAGGAGAUCUCGGAAUUCAAUAACAAAUUAGAGCUCUUGAAGUCACAGUUGGCGAAGAAGACCACAGAUUUGGAGAGAAUUCAGUUAGCAAACGAAAUACGCCCAGAAGGAGGUCCUCUUGAAGUCGAACGCGCUGUUGGAAACAAAUUAGAGCUCUUGAAGUCACAGUUGGCGAAGAAGACCACAGAUUUGGAGAGAAUUCAGUUGUCUUUAGAGCAAACGAAAUACGCCCAGAAGGAGGUCCUCUUGAAGUCGAACGCGCUGUUGGCGCCGCCUCUUCAGCUCCUGCCGUCGUUACCACAAACCAGUGAUGUGAAGAGCGGUAAUGAAGUAAACUCUGGAACCGUUUCGGACAGACCGUGGAAGAGGCGGAAGAAUGUCUACGAAUUGUGUCGAAUGCAUAACUGUUUUGAUUACUCGCGAUGUUCUCUAUUCUCGCCAUUCCUGCUAUACUUCUAUCACCCGGAGGUCGAGGACAUCGACGACACCAAAGAGUCUGAUAUAAGACAAGAGCGCAAACUUAUGGACGAGUUUCAGAGACUCCGGUCACAGAUUGUGGACUCGUUUAAUAGUAAUCUUCACAUCACAUUUGAUCCGACCGUUGCGUGCGUUUAUGUGGCCAUCCUUUUGAAGGACAAGAAUAAUGUUAUGACAAAAGACUAUUUGAAUUCAUAUCUCAAUUCAUUGUCUUAUUGGGCGGGCGAUGGACGCAAUCAUCUCAUAAUAAAUAUGUUUCGAGACAUUGAUUUGCAGACAAUCGACGGCUUAGACCUAAAGAAAGCCAUUUUAGUACAAACAAACUUCAAGAUUAAUAACUUCAGACCCGGUUAUGACAUAAUUUUGCCACAAAUACACGAAAGUAAUUAUUUGAGUGCCGAGGGUUUGGUCGACAAUAAUGUCCGCUUAUGUCCCGCACGACGCAAGUAUUUGGCCUCUUAUUUGGGACCAAUUGAUAGCAAUAAUAAUAUUCAAAAUCAAAUUAAGACAACACUUUUGAAAUUAUCUUCGCAUUUAUCCAAUAAUAAUGAACUGCUUUUUGAUUUCGUUUGCGACGAAAAGACCAGACGCUCAAUCCCUGUCGUGAUUGGCGGCGACUAUCUUCGGCUGCCAUUUGACGAAGUGAUUGACUGGCGUUUGGCGGCCAUUCGUCUACCGAUCGCCCGAAUCACUGAAUUACACUUCUUGUUGCGCUCGUAUUCAGACGCAGACAUUCUUGAGCUCAGACGCAAUGGACAGCUAUUUCUUGGCAGACAUUUAUCAUCGAUCGACGCCAUUAUUGACUCGAUUCUGGCGCUCGUAAGACAAUCACGUCUACAGAUCCCAUCGGCCGGCGCUCACGACGAACCGUCACUCAGUUUGUUUAACGCCACGAAUCCGAUGAAGUUCUUCGACGCCACCUCUGGUCUGGUUCUCGUCGACACCAACGCCGAGAACGAAGAGAGUUUGGGACCAAUUGAGCCCCCGUUCGCCUCCCCUUCAUAUCAGCGCAACUAUUCGUUAGUCAUUACAAACGGAUACAAACUCUGGAAUGACUAUCGUUUCGAUCCGUUCACUACAUAUCCGGCGCUGCCUUUCGAUCCGAUCCUCUCAUCGGACGCCAAAUUCAUUGGCUCUUCGUAUGGCUUUAGGCCUAUCGGCGGCGGAACCGGCGGUGCGGGCAAAGAGUUCAGCGAAGCGUUGGGCGGAAAUGUACCCAAAGAACAGUUCACUAUUGUUAUGCUUACCUACGAAAGGGAAGCCAUUCUCAUAGACUCUUUACAGAGAUUAAAAGGUUUACCGCAUUUAAACAAGAUUCUAGUCAUCUGGAACUCGGCUCGUCCGCCCUCUCCCGACCUGCGUUGGCCCGAAUUGGGUGCACCCAUACAUGUAAUCCGAGCCAAACAUAAUUCGCUGAACAAUCGGUUCCUGCCGUUCGCCGACAUCGAGACCGACGCCAUACUAUCGAUGGACGACGACGCGCACCUCAGACACGACGAGAUCAUCUUUGGCUUCAGGGUUUGGCGCGAGGCUCGCGACCGAAUUGUGGGCUUUCCGGGCCGUUAUCACGCAUGGGAUGAGCCCUUCUCCUCCUUUCUCUACAAUUCAAACUAUUCGUGCGAAUUAUCAAUGGUUUUGACCGGCGCUGCCUAUUUAUACACGUAUUCGAUGCCAAAAGCAAUUCGUGAUAAAAUUGAUGAUUACAUGAACUGCGAGGACAUAGCCAUGAAUUUUCUGGUCUCACACAUCUCACGGCAGCCGCCGAUUAAAGUGACCUCUCGUUGGACUUUCCGAUGUCCCGGUUGUCCGAUAAGUCUGUCUGAAGACGACUCGCACUUUAAUGAACGCCAUAAGUGUAUCAACUAUUUUGUCCAGAUUUACGGUUAUAUGCCUUUACUUAAUACUCAGUUCAGAGCCGAUUCUGUGCUCUUCAAGACCCUAAAAGCCGGUCAUCACUACGAAAGCCGGUAUUUGUUGGCCUCAAUCGGGAGAAAUGAUAACGUGGGCCAACCCUAUGCAACCCUAUCGGGCAUUAAUGGUAACUCAUACAAUCAGACCAGCGCUCAACUGAUCGCCGCAACAACUGUCACGACCAGCGGUUCCCACACAACACACCCCAAGACAUCGUCGCACGCAUUGACACAAACCAAUAGACGCCUCAAGACAUCCCAUUGUUGUCGACACAUAUAUACACACAUUCGAGAGACGCAUCCAGUGGUGAUGUCUUUGAAGCCAAAGCACGUGGAGUUCGAGCCGACGUGGAAUCAGAUCCGCUCGACUGUCGAGAAAGUGAUUGUCUUAAAGCACGUCCACAGAAGCGAAUGGAAUGACCGCUUCCCAGACUUGUAUCAGCUCUGUGUCGCCUUUCCCGAACCAUUGGGUGAUCGCGUAUAUCAGGAGACGAAGACAUUUCUGGACCAACACGUGAAACAGCUCUACCAAUCGGUGGUGAAGUCGUCGCACGAGAGCCUGUUGUCCGCAUACCAUCAACAGUGGCUUAUAUACCGCGAAGGUGUCACUUAUAUGAAUAUACUUUACAUGUAUUUAAAUACACAACACAUUAAGAAACACAAGUACUCGGAGGCGGACCUCUCGUACGGAUGCGUUGACUCGAGUGAACAGAUGCUUGAGAUCGGAGAACUGGGUCUUCACCUGUGGAAAGUGAAUAUGAUUGAACCCCUCAAAGACAGUUUGGUUGCGCUACUACUCGAGGCCAUCGAGGCUGAUCGCAUGGGUUUAUCGCAGAACAAGUCUGUAGUUCAGGGCGUUAUCCUAUCGCUGGUUCACGUGGAGGAGUACAAGAAGAAGGGUUCGCUCGACUUAUACCAGAAU